GAUGUGUGUCCCUCUCCAUCCCUGCCUGGUGGGCCUGUGUGCCCUCCCACCUCUGCCUGAUAGAUGCCCACCUUCAUCUGUCUUUACCUGUGGAUGCCUGCCUCUGCCUGUUGGGUGUCCCUCUUUUUCCACCUGUACACAUUAGACACCUGUCUGUGCCCGUUGGGUACCUGUUGCCCCUCAGCAGCUGCGUUGGCAUGGGGCUUUCCCUUUGCAGGCCCACGGGGAGGAUGAAGGGGGAAAGGGCCAGAGGGCAGCCCGCAGGCAAUGGGGGGUGGGGGAAGAGAGGAAGGGAACGUGGUAAGAUUGUAGGCCUGGAGCUGGGAAACCACAGGCCCCGAGUGAUUGGCGGCCCUGAGCUGGGCCCAGCCCCCGCCCUCACCCUGCACAUCCGCCUUGGGCCCGGCCACCUCCGAGGCAGCCCCGGACGCUGCCUGCUCCUGCCAUGGUGCCUCGGCCCUGCCGGGCGAAUGGAGCAGGAUCCCAAGCCGCCCCGCCUGCGGCUCUGGGCCCUGCUCCCCUGGCUGCCCAGGAAGCAGCGGCCCAGGACCAGCCAGACCUCUCUGCCUGCCCCUGGCCCUGGCUCUGGCCCCAGGCGGGACUCGGAUGAGGGCAUCCUCAAGGAGAUCUCCAUCACGCACCACGUCAAGGCUGGCUCUGAGAAGGCUGACCCAUCCCAUUUUGAGCUGCUCAAGGUUCUGGGCCAGGGGUCCUUUGGCAAAGUCUUCCUCGUGCGGAAGGUCACCCGGCCUGAUAGUGGGCACCUGUAUGCCAUGAAGGUACUAAAGAAGGCAACGCUGAAAGUGCGUGACCGCGUUCGGACCAAGAUGGAGAGAGACAUCCUAGCUGAUGUAAACCACCCGUUUGUGGUGAAGCUGCACUAUGCCUUCCAGACUGAGGGAAAGCUCUAUCUUAUUCUGGACUUCCUGCGUGGCGGGGACCUCUUCACACGGCUCUCCAAAGAGGUGAUGUUCACAGAGGAGGACGUGAAGUUUUACCUGGCUGAGCUGGCUUUGGGCCUGGACCACCUGCACAGCCUGGGCAUCAUUUACAGAGACCUCAAGCCUGAAAACAUCCUUCUGGAUGAGGAGGGCCACAUCAAACUCACUGACUUUGGCCUGAGCAAGGAGGCCAUUGACCAUGAGAAAAAAGCCUAUUCCUUCUGUGGGACGGUGGAGUACAUGGCCCCCGAGGUCGUCAACCGCCAGGGCCACACCCACAGUGCCGACUGGUGGUCCUACGGGGUGUUGAUGUUUGAGAUGCUGACGGGCUCCCUGCCCUUCCAGGGGAAGGACCGGAAAGAGACCAUGACGCUGAUUCUGAAGGCGAAGCUAGGCAUGCCCCAGUUUCUGAGCACGGAAGCCCAGAGCCUCCUGCGGGCCCUGUUCAAGCGGAAUCCUGCCAACCGGCUCGGCUCCGGCCCUGAUGGGGCAGAGGAAAUCAAGCGGCAUGCCUUCUACUCUACCAUUGACUGGAAUAAGCUGUACCGUCGUGAGAUCAAGCCACCCUUCAAGCCGGCCGUGGCUCAACCUGACGACACCUUCUACUUUGACACCGAGUUCACGUCCCGCACACCCAAGGACUCCCCAGGCAUCCCCCCCAGCGCUGGCGCCCAUCAGCUGUUCCGUGGCUUCAGCUUUGUGGCCACUGGCCUGAUGGAGGAUGACGGCAAGCCUCGGGCCACACAAGCGCCACUGCACUCAGUGGUACAGCAACUCCACGGGAAAAACCUGGUUUUUAGCGAUGGCUACGUCGUGAAGGAGACGAUUGGUGUGGGCUCCUACUCCGUGUGCAAGCGCUGUGUCCAUAAGGCCACCAAUAUGGAGUAUGCUGUCAAGGUCAUCGACAAGAGCAAGCGGGAUCCCUCAGAAGAGAUUGAGAUUCUUCUGCGGUAUGGGCAGCACCCCAACAUCAUCACUCUGAAAGAUGUGUACGAUGAUGGCAAACACGUGUACCUGGUGACAGAGCUGAUGAGGGGUGGGGAGCUGCUAGACAAGAUCUUGCGGCAGAAAUUCUUCUCAGAGCGGGAGGCCAGCUUUGUCCUGCACACCAUCAGCAAAACCGUGGAGUACCUGCACUCCCAGGGGGUUGUUCAUAGGGACCUCAAGCCCAGCAACAUCCUGUACGUGGACGAGUCUGGGAACCCCGAGUGCCUGCGAAUCUGCGACUUUGGCUUUGCCAAGCAGCUGCGGGCUGAGAAUGGGCUCCUCAUGACACCUUGCUACACUGCCAACUUUGUGGCCCCCGAGGUGCUGAAACGCCAGGGCUACGAUGAAGGCUGCGACAUCUGGAGCCUGGGCAUUCUCCUGUACACCAUGCUGGCGGGAUACACUCCAUUUGCCAAUGGACCCAGUGACACACCGGAGGAAAUCCUGACCCGGAUCGGCAGUGGGAAGUUCACCCUGAGUGGGGGAAAUUGGAACACAGUUUCAGAGACAGCCAAGUGGGUGCAGCUUUGUGCUCCGCUGCCAACUCCACCAACCGUCUUGUCUGCCACGCUCCCAGGACCUGGUGUCCAAGAUGCUGCAUGUGGACCCCCACCAGCGCCUCACAGCCAAGCAGGUCCUGCAGCACCCAUGGAUCACCCAGAAGGACAAGCUCCCUCAGAGCCAGCUGUCCCACCAGGACCUGCAGCUUGUGAAGGGGGCCAUGGCAGCCACCUACUCUGCACUCAACAGCUCCAAGCCCACCCCUCAGCUGAAGCCCAUCGAGUCAUCGAUCCUGGCCCAGCGGCGGGUGAGGAAGCUGCCGUCCACCACCCUAUGAGAAGCCAGAGCGUCCAGGCCACAGGGCGGUGCUGGCUUGAUAGAGGCAGCAUACUUCCCGGAGGGAGCAGGCCUGAGUCACGGGGCCAGCGGGAGCAGAGCCCCGAGGGGCCCAGGAAGCAGCCAGCCCAGAUCACCCCCACUGAGGGUGUGAGAAGUGCCUUCUCCUUCCCCAGGAUGGACUCUUCUCGGCUCAUGCUCUGCUGGUUGAAAUCAAUUCACUGUACAAACUCAUCUUUUUUUAAGGAAAAAAAAUGGCAAAAACCGCCAUGGAUUUUUUUACAAGAUCCAUUUGCCUUUCUGGGAGCAGAAAUAGCCACUGCAGCCCCAGGAGGGGCACUGAGUCACACCAAGGCUCUCUGCGGCUGAGAAUCCUUUGAGCUUUGGUAUCCUACCCCGGGGCACCCCACGACGGGCCAUCAGUAGCCAUCUGCACAUACCUCCAAGGCAGUCCGGCACCACCUUCCAGAGCCCUCGGCUGUUUAGCAGAACUUGCUCUAUUCGCAGUCAGCUCCUUUUCCGUUCUGUUCUGCUGGAGGGUGGCGGGGUUGGUCUAAACCUCUUCCUGCUGGAAGAGAGGACCAGGACCCCGUGGCCCCCAGCUCAGGCACCAGCAUCUACACCGGCUCCGCCAGUGGGUUCCCUGCAGGGAGAUUGGGCAGCCCCAGGAGGAGGAUCCCGGAAGCACUUUUGGGCUGACUUGUGUUGGAGUCUGCUCCAGGACAGAGUUCACAAGAGGCCUGUGGGGCGGGCCAAGAGAGGCAGGGGCUCUUUUUCAUUUCUUCCUCAGCUGGUUACUCAGGGUUCAUCUGUCCAUGGCCUUUCUAAUAAAUUUGCAGUUGAGUUGAAGCA